CAGGAAGGGACCUGACCCUCCCUCAGGGUACUUGCCCGGCACCGGCCUCCCGGCUGCUCUCUUCUGUUUUAUCCCAUCAGCGUCUCGGCCUUCCUGGCGGCCUGACCGAGAAAAGGCAGCAAGAUGGAGCAAGCAUGUGAGGAUAUAGAUCAAAUGUUCAGCAAUUUAUUGGGAGAAAUGGAUUUGCUGACACAGAGUUUGGACGUCGAAAUUGGCCCACCUCCAUCUGCCAAAACACCUAAUGAAGAAUUUAAUUUUGCAGUUGGUUUUAAGGAUUUAAAUGAAUCCUUGAAUACACUGGAAGAUACCGAUUUGGAUGCUUUAAUGGCUGAUCUUGUAGCAGACAUCAGUGAAGUAGAAAAGAAGACCACUUUCCAAGAUCAGAGGGAUGCUUCUCACCGUCAGCCAUCUCCCACGACCCUGCCUCCACCAAGUGCCGCUUCCACUUAUGAUACUCAGUUAUAUGUCACUGUUGAGAAUGACUUGCCACCUCCUCCUGUAGACCUGGCCUUUCACCCUCCCCUGCCACCAUCACCCCUGCCGCCACCACCUACUAAAUCACUCACACAGGAAGAACAAGAAGCACAAGCAAAAGCAGACAAGAUUAAACUUGCAUUAGAAAAACUGAAGGAAGCCAAGGUUAAAAAGCUUGUUGUCAAGGUGCACAUGAAAGAUAACAGCACAAAGUCACUGAUGGUGGAUGAGCGGCAAACGGCACGCGACGUCUUGGAUAAUCUCUUUGAAAAAACCCACUGUGACUGCAGGGUGGACUGGUGCCUUUAUGAAAUAUACACAGAGCUACAAAUUGAAAGAUUUUUUGAAGAUCAUGAAAAUGUGAUUGAGAUCUUAUCAGACUGGACUCGGGACACUGAAAAUAAGGUUCUGUUUUUGGACAAAAAUGAAAAAUGUGCUGUGUUUAAAAACCCUCAGAAUUUCUACUUGGCAAACAAAGGGAAAAAUGAAAGCAAGGAAAUGAAUGAGAAAAGCAAAGAAGCUUUGCUGGAGGAAAGCUUCUGUGGCACAUCUGUCAUUGUGCCAGAGCUUGAAGGAGUUCUUUAUUUAAAAGAAGAUGGAAAGAAGUCCUGGAAGAGGCGUUAUUUUCUUCUCCGAGCUUCUGGAAUUUAUUAUGUACCCAAAGGAAAGACCAAGACGUCUCGGGAUUUGGCUUGCUUCAUACAGUUUGAGAAUGUAAAUGUAUAUUAUGGUGUUCAGUUUAAAGUGAAAUAUAAGGCACCCACAGAUUACUGCUUCGUCUUAAAGCAUCCUCAAAUACAGAAAGAAUCGCAGUAUAUCAAAUACUUGUGCUGUGAUGACAAGCAGACUCUGCAUCAGUGGGUAACUGGUAUAAGAAUUGCCAAGUAUGGCAAGACAUUGUAUGAUAACUACAAAUGCGCACUGCAGAAGGCUGGCUUAACAUCUCAGUGGGGAAAGCUGGGGAAAGCUGAACCCACAACUGCUGCCACAUCUUCUCCAAAAGGUAGGACUCAUGCAAACGGACAGAUCCCCCAAGCUACAACCCGCGCAACUUCAGAUUCUUCAGAGAGCAGGAAACCUACUGAAAUACCAAAGGCUAAUAAGUCAGACAGCAUCAGCAACCCGACCCCAGUGCCACUGCUUACUACGUCUCAACUGAAACACCAUCGCAAGCCUGGAGGGAUGCAGCCGCCCCCUCCUCCUCAAAGGCGGUGUUCUGCAAUUACAGCUUCCUCAUCGGUGCCCACAAGUACGCAGCGAGCGAGCACAGCUUUCGCCUCAGAUCCAGCAGAAUUUCCACCACCCCCUGAACUGAUACCUCCACCCCCUGAACUGGCAGACUUGCCGCCGCCACCUCCUGACUUCUAUGACGCUCCUCCAGAUUUUGUACCCCCACCACCCCCUUCCGUUACUAAUGGUAGUCCAGAACUACCCCCACCUCCCCCCUCAGUCUCUGCCCCCUCACUUCCCCCUGCAGUCCGAAAGAAGAUUGUUCUUCCCCCUCCUCCUAAAAGACAUGAAGGAAGCAGGGGCCAGGGAGGAGAGGCCAAAGAAAACGAGUCGCAUCCAACUGGGGAUGCAACUGGACAAGGAGAUUUCAUGUCUGACUUAAUGAGAGCUUUACAAAAGAAAAGGGGUGAGACAUCAUGAAGCAAAUGGGCUUAAAGACUGGGGCAUGGUUUUAGCUGAGGGAUCAUGGAGUGGGUGGUCUGGAGGAAGAAGACCAGAGCACGCCCUGGAGGUCCAAAGGAGUACAGACAGAGCAAAUCAUUCCAGCAUUUCUUGAAGCAAAUUGUUUCACUUCCCUGAAGACUUGUAGUGACCGUGGCUUCCCAUGCUCCUUGUUCAAUAUAGUACUGCGCAACUUGAAGCACAAACAAUGUCCUGAGAACAUGCAGGUUCCAGAAGAAUAGUCCUGGUAGGUGGUAGCAGCAGGAAGGCUGAAGAGAUGGAGCCUGAAGUCAUUUAUUGCUGGCAGAAGCUUCCUUCAUCACUUUCCCUUGGCCAAUUUCAGUAGAUUACACAGUUCCUUCUAGUCCAGCAUGAAGCCUUGCCUGGUUGGUGGAUGAGCAGAGCAAUCUACAAAAAUAAACGCUGCUGCUUGAAAGUUCCAGCUGUUAUUUCUAUUUGAAAUGAGAGAUCAGGUCUAGCACCGCACCUUGGCAUUCGCAGGCAGCUGUUGAAGGCCCACUGCCAUGUCUUGACAAGUCUCUUCAGUGGGUCUCCAGUGGAGUAGCAUCAAGGAGAGCCCCCCCCUUGAUGGACUAGUCCUAUCCCUGUUUGCCUCAUAUUGCCUCUUCCUCUCUUCACACCCCAUCCCACUCCCCACUUCUGGAGAGAGAAGGAAGCCUGUGGCAAGCAUCAGCUUCUCUUCUUUAAUGCCAAUCCCUUACUUACUAUUGAGUUAACCUACCAUGGUUGGGAAAGGGAAAAGAGUUCUUUGCUGUUGCUGCUGCCCGCUUGCCCAGGAAAGCAGGUGGGCACAUGUUAAGGAACAGCUGGCACCACUGAUAGAGCUGUGCAGCUGACCUUGCCUCCACUAGCAACUCAACUUGCUCUCAGCAAGAAGCAGGAAACUGCCCCAGCAGCCCACCACAGCCCUCUGAGAUGAUUCCCCGUUUCCUGCUGGGAGAGAGGCAUUGAGGACAUCUUUACCAGGGUUCCUCCCCCAACUGCCUAGCCUUCACAAUCUCUAAAUGCUCUGUUGAAUGGCUGAUAACAAAUAGAAGCAUAAGGGUUUUCUUUCUGUCUUUAGAACAUAAACAGCAUUUGGGGAUUUAAAAAUGGAAAAUAGUAUAUGUACUCUCUUGUCUAAAGUACACCACACAUGUUUUCCCAGUAGUUUUGAAGCUAGUGACUCUUAGCCAGGACAAGUGUUAUUUUCAAAGAUAAUGAUAAAUUGUCUGCACAUAUUAUUUACCUGGUUUAAUGCUAUACUAAGAGCGCAAUCUUAAGCAGAAUUGCACCCUUUAAAAACCCACCGAGUUUAUUAGGGCUGCCAUUGUAUGUCUACUAGAAGUAGGAAAACUGGUAAUUCCUCCCAUCCAUCUGCUAGGUUAGCAACUGUUUUUAAGCACCAUUUUAAAAGGUAUUUGUCUCAAAGACCCUCUAGUUACAUGAAUACUUUAUGCAAUUUCACCCCUUGCCAUCUUUUUUGUCCUUUAUGGUUCACUUUAAUUCUCCUCUGUUUGUUUUGACUGCAUUCAUUGCCAGCUCCUAAAUAAAAUCUUCUGUGUCUUCA